CUUUAAUUUCCCUUUUCAGACAGUCUCUGAUCGUCUUCGGCCGUACGGUCUGGUCUCUCCACUGUAUCUUCCUCAUUAUUUUGAUUGAGCGGAGACAGUCCAAUUGAGAUUCUCACUUACUGAGUUAUGAUCUCGACAGGAAUAUCUACAGAUCUUUACCUCCAUCCUAGAGCUUUGGCUUCCUCCAUAAUCUACAAAUCUGGUUUAAGCAAUCGAAAGGUGUCUUUUUUAAGGAUUGGGUAUGCUCAGAAGAGGAGGUUUAGUUGUAGUUUAUCCAACGCGGAGAAUGUAGCAGCUUCUAAGGAUGAUGGAAGAGGAAAGGAUACAGCUUUGGUUAAGAUGUGCGGUAUCACAUCAGCCAGAGAUGCUGCUAUGGCGGUUGAAGCUGGUGCUGAUUUCAUCGGGAUGAUCAUUUGGCCGCAUUCGAAACGUUCCAUUUCUCUAUCUGUUGCGAAGGAUAUCUCCAGAGUGGCGAGAGAAGGUGGGGCCAAACCUGUUGGUGUUUUUGUUGAGGAUGAUGAGGGGACGAUACUGAGGGCAGCUGAUGCCGCGGACCUUGAACUUGUUCAGCUUCAUGGUAAUGCCUCUCGCGCUGCUUUUGCGGGAUUAGUGCGGCAGAGGAGAGUCAUAUAUGUUCUUAAUGCAAGUGAGGACGGAAAGCUACUGAAUGAAGUUCCUGAGGAUUGUCAUCUCGCUGAUUGGAUUCUCGUGGAUAGUGCAACGGGUGGGAGUGGGAAAGGAUUUAACUGGGCUCAGUUCAAGUUACCUUCCAUCAGAAGCAAAAAUGGGUGGCUUUUAGCUGGAGGAAUCAAUCCCACAAACGUUUCAGAAGCUCUGUCUAUCCUUCAACCUGAUGGAAUUGAUGUUAGCAGUGGUAUCUGCGGUCCAGACGGCAUCCAGAAAGAUCAGUCUAAGAUAAGUUCCUUCAUUACUGCUGUUCGCUCUGUGCAGUAUUAAUGUCUAGCGACAAAGCUAGUGCCUAUAGGUUCUAGCAUCAACCUGUUGUUUCCUUGUCAUUGUGUUUGUAACUGUAACUGGCUGAUAAAAAUAGUGCCCUUCUUUUUCAUCAGUAAUAGAUUUGAGUUAUAAUAAGUGUUGUGUUGGCUAUGAUAUUCAUGUUUGGUUGGGCUCUCAAGAACAAGAUCCUGUUAUGAAAUAUAUGAUAUAUCCAUCUGA